GGGAGGGCGGCGCGGCGGCGCGCAUCCGUAGCCCGCUCCCGGGCCAUGGCUGGCUGGGCAGGGGUCGAGCUCUCGGCCCUGAACCCCCUGCGGACGCUGUGGCUGGCACUGGCCGCCGCCUUCCUGCUCGCGCUGCUGCUGCAGCUGGCGCCCGCCAGGCUGCUGCCGAGCUGCGCUCUCUUCCAGGACCUCCUCCGCUACGGGAAGACCAAGCAGUCCGGCUCUCAGCGCCCCGCCGUCUGCAGGGCCUUCGACGUCCCCAAGAGGUACUUUUCUCACUUCUACGUCAUCUCAGUUGUGUGGAAUGGCUCCCUGCUCUGGCUGCUUUCUCAAUCUCUGUUCCUGGGAGCACCUUUUCCAAACUGGCUUGGUGCUUUGCUCAGAACUCUUGGGGCCACGCAGUUCCAAGCCCUGGAGACGGAGUCCAAGGCUUCCCGGAUGCCAGUGGCUGAGCUGGCUCUGUCUGCCUUCUUGGUGUUGGUGUUCCUCUGGGUCCACAGCCUUCGGAGACUCUUCGAGUGCUUCUACGUCAGCGUCUUCUCUAAUGCAGCCAUUCACGUCGUGCAGUACUGUUUCGGGCUUGUCUACUAUGUGCUUGUUGGCCUGACUGUACUGAGCCAAGUGCCCAUGGAUGACAAGAAUGUGUAUGUUCUGGGGAAGAAUCUACUGAUCCAAGCCCGGUGGUUCCACAUCCUGGGAAUGAUGAUGUUCUUCUGGUCAUCCGCCCAUCAGUAUAAGUGCCACGUCAUCCUAAGCAACCUCAGGAGAAACAAAAAAGGUGUGGUCAUCCACUGCCAGCACCGGAUCCCCUUUGGAGACUGGUUCGAGUAUGUGUCUUCGGCUAACCACCUAGCAGAGCUGAUGAUCUACAUCUCCAUGGCUGUCACCUUUGGGCUCCACAACAUAACCUGGUGGCUGGUGGUGACGUAUGUCUUCUUCAGCCAAGCCUUGUCCGCAUUCUUCAACCACAAGUUCUACAGAAGCACAUUUGUCUCCUACCCAAAGCAUAGGAAAGCGUUCCUUCCAUUUUUGUUUUAAAGUAGGCUUUAUGGUGAAGAAAGCCAGGUGACAGAUUCCAUUCCUAGAGGCACUGAGACAGAGACCAAAGUACACUUUCUGUGGGAAUGUUUGAUGGCCCCUGUUCUACUUCGGAGCCGAGCAGUGUUCACUGAGUGAGGCGUUGUUCCUGGAGAACACAUUCUGGCAUUCCUGGGCUCACAGGAUCUGCUUUCUGCCAAGCUUUACAGAGCUAACUGAUAACAAGUAAACGGGUUUCUCCAAACUGCUUUAUGGCCACACUAACCAGGAGU